AUGGAGACACCGGAUCAUGUUGAACAUGUCUCUUCUGGCGCAGGCGACGACACACUAACAGGCCACUGGUUCCCAGCCCUGCGCCCCGAAACGAUUGAAGAGAUUACACACGAUGCGCCUAUCGCCGAGGUCGAAUCGAGUUCUCCCCCCCAUGCACGAAUAGAUAUAAUACCUCCGACACCAGUUUCGCGACAAGGUGAAAAGGUCGAAUUCCCAAGCCAAAGAAUACCAGUCGUGCCGGAGGAGCCUGGCGAGCCCGAGCCCAAGCCCGAGCGUACAACAGCGACAACUGCCACUUCGCGGUCUUCUACUACGAACUAUGGUGGCGAUGAGUUGCCUUCUGACGAUGAUGAUGAGAGACUGGAUCCUGCCUGGGGUAUCAAGCGUUAUGACAGCACGAAUAUCCUUGCUAAUGUCCACCGUUCCUCGACGUUUCCUGACUUCGACUCGCCUCACGCAGCUUGGCCUCACGCAGCAAACCAUGAGGUCGAGACUGGCGUGCCAGCGGACAAGCUGGAUGUUGGGAUGGUCAAUGGAACUGCGGAAGAGGAAAGAGUUGUAGAACAGAAAGGGGAUGCCACUGAGCCGCGAAAUCUGGACGGGAUUCAUGGUGCCGAUGAUAGCGCUCGAGAACCCCAGUCAUGGACAAUUCCGGCACAAGAGGAGCCUAUGGACGAGGCGGACCAACGAUAUGAAGAGGGCCUGCCUCUCAUACACACAGAAAAGGAGGCUCCGGCACACGCCCAAAGCCAUGACAAGCAAACUGCACAAAAUCCUUUCGAGACCGUGCAAGAUGAUGACGAUACCAGCUUCUUCUCAAAUGUGCCCGGCUCUGGACCUGAGGCUCCCCAACAACCCUCUCUUGACAGAAAAUCCACCACACAGGUUCUGGAUUCCUUGAACAUAUCGAACAGGGACCUUCCAGAUUCCCCCGCGGCGGAUACGCCGGUCGAAGCGUCCUUUUUCGAUGAACUGGCUGCUGAUGCUGCCCCUGGUGCGGACAAAAACGCCUCCGCUGGCGUGGAAAACCAGGAUCCAGAGGCGAUGUGGGCAGCUGCACUUGGGGACGACGAGUUCCUCGUCGAGGAUGCUGAUGACCUUCUCCCCGACUCCGAUGACGAAUCAUCUUCCGUACCACCCACUCAGCCAGUAUCCAAAACCGCGCCACAGCAACAGCCUCAAAGACAGAGCUCCGUGAACCCUUACACGCCUCACCAGCCUACCACCUCCGAUAUGUUCCAAUUGCCUCCUAUGGCACGCGCCACGCAUAACAAUGUCGGUCUGUCGCGACCAGAGCUACCACCUGCGGGCUCGUUCCAAGCUCAAUUACCUCAGAGGUCAGCUGCACCGAGUGUCAAAAGCUUUGUGGAUCAAGCCAAGGAUGGUUAUAAAUCUCCUUACGACCUGCCUCUGGAUCUAAUGCCUAAGAGGAGAUCUCAUGUCCCACAGCCGGUCCAGACGGCAAACUCUGUCGCUCCUCCGCCGAGAAGCAGCAGCCUUUCGGAACACCCCUUGCAAUCACCGUUCGCGCCAGCUGGACCACCGACCUCUUCGUCUGUGGGUAUGCAACCUCCGGCACCGUCGCCUGCUAUGCCUCAACGAAGCGUUUCCGCUUUAGGGUCAAAUAAGACUCGAACGUCCAAGUCAGGGUCGUCAUCAGGCUUCUUCGAGGAGUUGCCUAUCACAUCAAAACCACGGCCUGCUGGACGUUACACUCCACAGCAGUCAUUUUCAGCCGCUCCUCCUGCCUUUCUACCUCAGAGUCCUCCUACUGGUCCCCUGCCGCCUCCUGCACCACUUCCUCAGGGAUCUCUCAAUCAGCAUCCCGGACAGCACCCUCUACCCGCCCAACCCUCUGAUCCAAAUGCUCAAUACCAGCUGCAGGCGCCAGAACGCCUAGAUCCUUAUGCGAACGUACCUCUGCAGCCGCCUGCUCCCUUGGCAGCGCCACCAACAACAAGAUACUCACCUGCACCAUCUGCGCCUGGGGCUUCGACACUAGGCGCUCGCCCUGGACCUUCGCCUCGAUACUCUCCCGCGCCUCCACCCCAGACAACCUCUGCCAGUGCUGCUAGAUACGCGGCGCAACCGACACCAUCUCCUGGCCCCAAUCAAGUUCCUCUUCAAGCUAAUCCAGCAUUGCCAACUAGACCACCGUCUCUACCUCCUCCCACCGCAGCCGCCAUCUUGCCCUUCCAACCACGUACGUCGAGUCCGUUAGCGUAUCACAAGGGCUCUGUCGAUGAAAAUGCCAAUGGCAUGCCCGCUGCAACAGCACAGCCGUCAGGGCCACCAGUGCCUACGAAUCAGUAUAUUCCUUCUGCGGCUUCCGCGCAUUACUCCGCCACUUCUCCAGAAAGUGGUAACUAUGGGGAUUUGAAAAAUCAGCUGUCGCCUCCGAAGCGUCCCGAUGCCGGCCAUUUACCACCGCCACGCCGGUCCCAGACUCAAUCUCCGUCGAAACAGCGCCCUCAAGCGGCACACCCUUCGCACAACGCCGACUUCAUCAACCGUCCAGCCACAGCCUAUGGUCAAUCGUCACCCAGUAUAACUUCUGCUCAGCUGGCUUCUGCGGACCUCACCCGCCCUAAUGUUCAAGGCAGGAGUCUAGCACCAGAACUGGUUUUCGUACGGCCUCAAGAUGACACUCAAUUUGACCCGCUAGAGCGGUGGAAAGGUGCUCCAGUGUUCACUUUCGGCUUUGGUGGCACAACUACCAGCUCUUUCCCGAGACACGUGCCCAGGUAUGCUACGGGAGCCGUACGACCGCAGAUCAAGCCGUCUCCAGGCGAGAUCUCUAUUCGGGAUGGCAAAGAUAUUCUCCCCCAGGUUGAGCUGGUCAACAAUUUUCCUGGCCCACUUCGAUCCAAGUCAAAGAAGAAGGACGUCUUGUCGUGGAUGACCAACUACAUUACCGGGAUGGAGGCCGGCAUGCCCAACAUUUUCGCUGCUCAGUCUCAUGACGAUCCAGCAAGACGCCUUCAUGAGAAGGUACUGCUUUGGAAGAUCGUACGUGUCAUGGUGGAACACGAUGGUUCACUCGAGGGUCCGGCUCUGAAGGCAAUCAACCUCAUUCUCUCGCCUGAGGUCCACAACGUCGAUGAGUCAAGUCCGAUUCAAUACCGCGCUGGCGAACAGUCGUCGGGAAUUUACAGACCUUCCGGUGCCAAUGUGCGGCCCGAUUCUGCCGACCCGAUGGCGGUUGAGGCUCUACGGAAACGACUACUGAGUGGCGACCGGCAGGGUGCGGUAUUCCAUGCGAUGGAUAAUCGUUUGUGGUCGCACGCUCUCAUCAUCGCCUCAACCAUGGAGCGCUCGAUGUGGGGUCAAGUUGUGAGAGAAUUCGUGCGUCAAGAGGUGAAAACGGCCGGAGAAAAUACCGAAUCACUGUCUGCGCUGUACGAGAUCUUUGGAGGCAACCUCGAUGAAAGCAUUGAUGAGCUUGUCCCGCCAUCCGCUCGAGCUGGUCUCCAGAUGAUAAGCAGAGUCAAUACCGGAGGCGUUACUAGGAAUUCUCUCGACGGCUUGAAUCGCUGGAAAGAGACGCUUAGUCUCGUGCUAAACAACCGGUGUCAGGGCGACCAUCAGGCUCUGGCAGUCCUUGGAAAGCUCCUUCAGGACUACAAUCGCAUCGAGGCGGCACAUAUCUGCUACCUGUUCUCAAGGAACCCACAAAGGCAACUACUGUUUGGCGGCCCCGAUGAAGAGCACGCCUCCAUUAUAUUGCUGGGUGCCAACCACAAAGCCCAGCCAUCUGACUUCGCCCGAGACCAAGAUGCUGUCAUGCUCACCGAAAUAUAUGAAUUUGCGACAAGCGUUCUUGCGACGGGGGCGCAAUUACCAUUCAUGCCCCAUCUUUCUGUGUUCAAGUUGCAACGCGCGAUUCUCAUGUCAGAGGCUGGAUUGAAGGCGGAGGCGCAAUCAUAUUGUGAUGCCAUCGCAGCCACCUUCGGUAAGAGCAGCAAGAUGUCGCCUUAUUACCACCCAUUGUUCCUGUCCGAGCUUGACGACCUAUCGAACAAACUUAAACAAACGCCCAUUCAAGGCUCGUCAUCGUGGAUUGGAAAGCCGAGCCUGGAGAAGGUCGGCGGGUCUAUGUGGACCAAGUUCAGCAGCUUCGUCGCAGGCGAUGACAGCGACGCAGAAUCAAAAGGCUCGGGGAAAGACGCAGGCGAGAGUGGCCCCUUUGCCCGCGUUGCUGGAACGCCGUCGGUCAGCAGGACUGGCUCUCAGUCCGAUCUGUACGGGUCCUACCCCCAAGCUGUCCCUGCAACAAUAGCUGGGAACAAAUACGCUCCCAACGGUAUACAGUCGGCACGAUCCUCGGCAGAGCUCACUCGUGGGCGACCAUCUUUAGACUCGCAAAGAUCACCACCAACCAGUUCAUACUCGCAACAUAAUCGCCAGGUUGAGCCAAUGAACAUGUUCCAGCAAGGGCAAGCCGCUCCACCCCCGAACCCAUAUCAAGCAUUUGCUACCUCGCCUCCCCCUCCUUCCUACCCUCAAAGUCCGCCAAGGUCGUCAUACGUGCCGAACAACGCAGCUCCGACGACGGUGGCCUCAAAUAUGUCUCCCAUCCGUCCAGGAUAUGCACCAACGCCGCCAUCUGAAGAUGUUAUCCAACAAACGUACGGCCACACACCGGAGCCCAUCGCACAGAUACCAGAAGAGCAGCCCAUAUCAUUUGGUGGCUACCAGCCUUUGCAACCCGAACAUUCCUACGGCGGUUACCAGCCGUCGCAACCUGAUCAGGCUCAAACAUCCCCUCAGCAUAACGGCAUUGCCAGCGCAGGCUAUGACCCUCCAACUGAGUCUUAUGGAUUCGAACCACCUAGCGGCGGCUAUGUCCCAUAUGAGCCUGAGCCAGAAUCACCGGAAGCGCCGAGCAAAGACGUGAAAUCCAAGAAGAAGUCGUUCAUGGACGAGGACGAGGACGACUUCCCCCGGGUAUCCAACCAGGCACCGUCAUUCCAACCUCAGUCUUCAGUCGAUGGAGACGAGACGUCCCGCAAGAAAGCAAACGAUGCCACCGCGGACGCUGCCUUCCGUGCGGCGGCGGAAGCAGAUGCUGCGCGAGAGAAGGAACAGAAACAGUCCAAGAGAUCCUCGUCCUGGCUGGGGGGCUGGUUCGGAGGCAAGAAAGACGAUAGCCUGGAUUCAGGUUCAAGCAAAGGCAGUGACCAAAAGGUAUUCAGAGCCAAACUCGGCGAAUCGAAGAUGAAGUUGUACUAUGAUAAGGAGCUUGGCAAGUGGGUGAACCCUGACAAUCCAGAUGCUGCAAAGAAGACGGGAACUCCUCCUCCGCCAAGAAUGGGUGGUACGCCAGCGCCACCGAUGGGUGCUGGUGGUCCUCCAAGACCGCCCAUGGGCUCUACUCCUCCGACAUCACAUCCCAACACAACAGGUCUGGGAAUGGGCCUGUCCUCUGGACCACCCAGCAGAGUCGGCACCCCAGCUGACGGGCCUGGGCCUUCAAUGCCCAAUGGCCAGUCGCCACAGAUAGGAGCAACUGGUCCACCCAGCGCUGCCAGCACUCCGCCGAUUGGAGGACCUUUGACUCCAAAUCUCGCUCCUCCGCCGCGCCCGGGUACUGCCAUGAGCAAUGCUAGUAGCAUCGACGAUUUAAUCGGACCAUCGACAGGCCGUAAAAGUGCUAAAGGAGCUAAGAAGGGAGGUAAAGGGCGGUAUGUGGAUGUCAUGGCCAAAUGA